AUGGUUCUGUGUGAGGACAGGGAGUGUGGGGUGUGUUAUCAGCCCUACUCCCGUCAGGACCGGAUCCCCCGGGUGCUCCACUGUAGACACACCUUCUGUGCCACCUGCUUAGAGACCAUGUCCCUGCCCAAGAGUGACAUGCUCACCGUGUGCUGCCCGCUGUGCCGCCAGACCACCUGUGUAGGGCGCGGCCUCAGCCUUCAGGAGGCGCUGUGGGUCAACUCACGCCUCUGGGACUACAUACCUGAGAGCAAAGAAGAGGAGGAGGAGGAGAAGGAACGCUCCAGAAAAAUGCUGAAAUUUCCGGCCUUCCUCAGGAAAUUCAGUCUGACAAAACCACAGCAUCAAGAGAGUAUUGUGCCUGGUUGUGCCAACGUGUAA